CUGGUCACCAUGGAAAAUGAAACAAAUGGGGAAAGACUAAAGUAAUUCGCCUUAAAAUCAAACCAGAAUCACUGUGGCAAUAUGACAUUAGAAAUCUUGAUAAUUGUCGCGGCGGUAAUGUUUAUGGCAUCGUAUUGGGUGUGCGCUGGGCAACGUAACAAGUUAAUUCAAAUUGAGUACUCCUACACUGGGUCAAAGGGACCCGCGCAUUGGAGAGAACUAUUCCCAAACAGUGCAGGGCCAUGUCAGUCUCCUAUUAAUAUUGUGCUUGAUGAUGCUAUCGCUAUGCACGUAGGAGGUGCCGACGGAGAGUUGAGGUUCUCGGAGGAAUAUUCUCGUACUCCCAAACAGAUGUGUAUUCAUAACGAUGGAAAUUCAGUGACACUAUAUGUCGAUUUUGGAAAUGAUCCGAGGCCGGCCGUUAUGCGUGGCCCGCGCGGCGAAAAAUUUGAGUUUGCCAAUGCCAGCUUCCGAUGGGGACCUAACGACCAAGAAGGCUCCGAGCACACAAUAAACUAUCAAAACUACGCGAUGGAACUUCAAGCUAUUUACAUUAAGGGUAGUAGAAGAUACUGUAACUGUAGCCAAGCCGCGGAAGACAACGCCAUGUUGAUUAUUAGUUACUUAUUCCAGGUCUCGCAAACGGAAAAUCACUACCUGACACCGUUAAUACUAUCUCUACCAAGAAUUGCUGCAAUACAACGCACUACCCCAGUCUGUCCAAUACCACUGUUUUUCAUCAUGCCUCCGUUCGUGUCCAAAUACGUUAGUUAUUGUGGCUCGUUGACCUUUCCACCUUGCACCGAAGGUGUAUAUUGGAUAGUGCAAACAGACCCGUUAGCAAUCUCAUCGGCCCAAGUAGACCAGUUUCGUAAGCUACGCUCAUCAAGUGGACUUCUAGAAAAUAAUAGGAGACCACUACAAGACGGGAAUGGCAGAGAAAUUACAUUUUAUAUUUAAGAAAGUGUUCGUUAACGA